AUGGCUCUCGCUCUCGCUCACGCAAACAUUGCUAAUAGCAUCCCAUGCUACGGCCUGCAAGCCCCUUCAAUCCCUGACGCCGAAGUCCUCUGGCUCAAGUCAACCCCCGUCUACGAUUUCGUUUAUCCCCCCGUCGUUGAUCUAACCGGAGGCCUCAUCGCUGGCACUGCAGCAGGCUCGCCCCCUUUGGACUUCUGCAAUGUCUCGAUGGCCCUGACCCACCCCGGCGACAACGACACCGUCUUCGUCUCCGUCUGGCUCCCUCCCAAGGAAAAAUGGAACAACCGCUACAUUGCCACCGGCGGCGGCGGCCUGGGUGCCGGCUACGAGUUCAACAUGGUCAGCCCGCUCGCUGCUGGGUUCGCGACCUCGUUUACCGACGCCGGACUGACGCUGAAUAACACCAUCGCGCCCGACACCGGACUCUGGGGUCUCAAGGAAGACGGCACCCUCAAUGAAGCGCUCUUCGAAAACCUGGGUUAUCGCUCCACUCACGAUAUGGCUGUCGCCUCGAAGGAUAUCAUCAAGCAGUACUACCGCGCCGACGCAAACUACUCUUACUGGUCUGGCUGUUCGCAGGGCGGACGCCAGGGCUACGCCGCGGCUGCAAAGUACCCCACCGACUUUGAUGGCAUCCUCGCUGCAUCCCCGGCACUCGGAUUCGACCACGUCGGAAUGUCGACGUUCUGGCCUAUGGUCGUGAUGCAGAAUGAAGGCGAGUAUGUCCCGUCCUGUGUCUUCCGCGCAUUCGAAAAGGCAAUUGUCAAACACUGCGAUCCCCGCGAUGGACUAGUUGAUGGCCUCAUCUCUGACUAUGACGCUCUCAUGUCGUGCUCAUCCUCGUUCAGUCCGUCCUCCCUCGCGGGGAAGAAAGUCGCUUGUCCCGAAACCGGCAAUAACACCAUCACAAUCUCUCCGCGCCAGGCAAAUAUUGUCCGGAAGAUCCUUCGUGGUCCAUCCUACGCUGGAAAACAGUACUGGUUUGGCCUCGCACCCGGCGCAUCCUUCUCCGGCACCGCGGAUACGGUCUUUGACAAUAGAACUCGCACGUGGCUUCCUAAACCCUUUGCUCCAGCCGCCGGCUGGCUCAAGAAUAUCAUCGCGCCUCAACUUCACCUCAACAACGGACAUAAAGCCCACCGGCCGUUCACCAACACAAGCACAGCCCCAGUUACCAACACAACCACAACAACAAGCCCCGACGUCCCAACCCUCUCCUACAUCCAAUACCUCGCAGCCUUCAACGCCUCCCUGAACUUCUCGUCCCCCUACCUCAGCGACGCAUACCUAGAUCUCGCCCCCUUCCAGGCCGCCGGCGGAAAGCUGCUUAGCUGGGUCGGACUGUCAGAUCAAUUCAUCCACCCCAUGCACGUCCUCGACUUCCACCGCCGCCUCAAAGCGCAGACCCAUGUGUCCCAGUCCCAUAAUAAAACCAACACCGCCGACAUCAACUCCUUCUACCGCCUCUUCACGGCUCCAGGCGUCGGCCACUGCGGUGGUGGAUCCGGUUCCCCUCCUGCGAAUGCCCUUGGCGCUCUGGUCGAGUGGGUUGAGCGCGGGAAUGCGCCGGAGACGUUGGCGGCUGAAGUCACGGAUUCAUCUGGACGGCCCGUGAAUCGGGACUUGUGUCUCUUUCCGAAGAAGAUGGUUUCGGUGAAUGGGGUGCUGGCUUGUCGGGAGCCGCGGAUCGGUAUCAGUGGGCAUGGGCAUGGGAUUAAUCACAAUAAAACGCAUGGGUAUGAGAACAAGACCACGGCUAGCGCUCUACACAUUCGCCACGCUAUCCCUGCCCCCGCCCCCGUGCAGAACGAGAAUGACAAUGACGCCCAUUUCCCACCGGCUGCCCGUGCACUCCCUGCCAUUUCCCAAAAUGGCGCUCCAUCCAUCAAGCCCUGGCCGCGACUCUUCAAACUCUCAGAAGAGGAAAUCAACUGGUUGGCGCAGACCGCGUCUACUUGGGUUCCGGCCAUCGUCUUCUUCAAUUUCGCCUUUGAAUGGUUCAUGGGAUUCUCAGAUGAUUAUUUCCUACACGUCGCGCGCACCGCGUGCAUUUCCUCGCUGCUUGGUCUCUACAUCAUCCGCGCCUGGGAUUGGUUUACGACGUGCACUGGAUGUGACGAGGUGACUUGUGCGGUUUGCGAGGGCUGGGAGACGGAUGAUGAGGGUGAUGAGGAUGAGGAUGAGGAUGAUGAGAAGGAGAUUAGAGACAAGGAGAUUGAGAUUGAAUAUGCCCGCCGUCUUGCCCAGUGGGAAGAUGAUGGAGAAGAUGAAGACGAUGAUGAUGAAGACUCAGAAGAAGAUUCUGAUUAUGACGCUUCUGAUAUCAACAACCAUCCGGAUUCCGACGAUCACGAUGACGAUGACCUGAAUGAUGAUAGAUGUCUCGGCAGUUACAAGUGCGAGCAUCGCGACUCGGACUCAGACGCGGACGACUCGGAUGCAUACGAGGAUGUUAGCGACGGCGACGCUGGUGUCCCUGUCCCUGUCCCUGUCCUUGUCCUUGUCCCUGUUGAAGUGGCCUCCAGCUGA